AUGCACAGUAAAUUGUUGCACGACGACAAGCGGUAUAGCAAACGUUUGUCGCCUGAACCAGCGCAGCAGCCUAACGAGAGUUCAACACAGAGCUGCAACACGCAUUCGAAGAGGGCGGGUAAGGUUUUAUUUCGGUACGUGCCUGUAACGAUCUACGGUAAGGGAAAGCAAGUGACAACCUAUGCUUUCCUCGACGAUGGGUCGUCGGCGACUUUGAUGGAGCACAGCCUACUGAGAGAAUUAGAUCUUAAAGGAACGCCAUAUCCAUUGUGUCUGAAUUGGACGGGUGGCCACCAGCGGGAAGAAGAUGAGUCGGUCUUACUGACCUUGAAGAUCUCCGGUGUAAAUGACACUCGCGAAGUGUUCGACCUCCCAGAGGUUUAUAUGGUUAGGGAUCUUUCCCUUCCGAAACAGUCGGUCUCAGUCUCGCAGUUGGCAACUAAGUACAGCUAUCUCAAAGGUUUGCCAUUGAAAUCCUACGAUGAUAUCUCUCCACGGAUCCUUAUGGGGAUGAACAAUUGCCGCCUGGGUCACGCCCUGAGAAGUGUCGAAGGUGGUGAGAACGAACCGGUGUCCAAAACCCGCCUCGGAUGGAUGAUAUACGGACCUUGCACCAUGGAAUCUGGAACGACGAACUCCGGCUAUAGCAAUUAUCACAGUUUCCACAUCUGUCCCUGUGUUAGGGAAGAAGAAAGGGAUCUGAAUGCGGCACUUAAGGAAUACUACUCAAUUGAGUCGUUGGGAAUCUCUGGUUCACAAAAAUCACUACAUUCAAAAGAUGAGGAGCGCGCGAUUAAAAUACUGUCAACCAAAACACGACUGGUUGGAAAUCGCUACGAGACCGGCCUAUUGUGGCGCUAUGAUCAAGUACAGCUACCCGACAACAAGGGAAUGGCUGCAAAGCGCCUAGCUUGUCUACAGAAGCGAAUGAGACGGGAACCUGAAUUAGCUGCGGCGAUGCGAUCGAAAAUGCUUGAGUACGAGGAGAAGGGUUACAUUCGGCGCCUGUCGGCAAUGGAGAAGGCGGAGAAACAUUCUAACGACUGGUAUCUACCAAUCUUUCCAGUAACCAACCCGAACAAACCAGGGAAGCUACGAAUCGUAUUCGACGCAGCCGCCAAGGUCAACGGCGUCUCACUGAACUCGUUCCUCCUAACGGGACCCGAUCAAUUGGUGUCACUGCUUACAGUUCUGUAUAAGUUUCGCGAGUUUCGCGUCGCCGUAGUGGGAGACAUUCGGGAAAUGUUCUUCCAAGUACAGAUGAAGAAGCUAGACCAACGAAGCCAGAUGAUUCUGUGGAACAACGGUAAUCCGGAGGAUGAACCCGAAGUGUAUGCGGUAGCAGUUAUGACGUUCGGUGCGGCAUGCUCUCCGAGCUGUGCGCACUAUGUCAAGAACCGAAACGCUGAAAGAUUCGAAGAGCAGUAUCCACGAGCGGUAGAGUGCAUAAAGUAUGAGCAUUAUGUCGACGACAUGUUGAUGAGUAUUGAGACUGAGGAGGAAGCUGUAAAACUAGCCAGCGAGGUACGAUUUAUCCACUCUCAGGGAGGAUUCGAGAUACGCAAUUGGUUAUCAAAUUCCCGUUCAGUCAUCGAUAACCUGCACGAGGUCAGUACCACGGAAAAGAACAUGAGCAUCUGCGCGGAGAUGACGACAGAAAAGGUGCUCGGAAUGUGGUGGGACACCACAACAGACACGUUCACAUUCAAACUAUCACCGAAGCACGAUGCGCAGCUACUUUCCGGCGUCAGGAUGCCCACAAAACGAGAAGUUUUGAGAACAUUGAUGGCAAUAUAUGAUCCUAUGGGACUCAUCGGUAAUUUCCUCAUCUACCUAAAGAUCCUGUUGCAGGAAAUCUGGCGUUCCGGGUGUGGCUGGGACGACGAAAUCAAUGGAAAGCUGGCCGAAAAGUGGCUGACGUGGAUUGAAGCACUGCCGAAUGUCCACCAAGUUCGGAUUCCUCGCUGCUACAGAAUUGUAACAUCUGCCAAGCCAACGAACGAUGUAGAAUUGCACAUUUUCUGUGAUGCCAGCGAGAACGGGAUGGCUGCUGUGGCCUACUUCAGGUUCGAAGAGGAAGGAAAGGUGGAAUGUGCGAUGAUUGGAUCUAAAACACGUAUAGCCCCUCUGAAGUUUCUCUCUAUCCCUCGUCUUGAGCUGCAAGCUGCCGUUAUAGGAGCUCGUCUAGCCGAAUGUAUCGUCAAAUCACAUCGAAUGAAGAUCGUGCGCCGCGUUUUCUGGACCGACUCCCGUGAUGUUGUAUGCUGGUUGCGAUCUGACCAUCGGCGCUAUAGCCAAUUCGUUGCCUUCCGGAUCAGCGAGCUGCUGGAUACAACGCAAGUGGAUGAGUGGAGAUGGCUACCAACUAAAGCGAACGUAGCGGACGAAGGCACGAAGUGGAAAAGGCUGCCGGACUUUCGGCCUAGAAGUCGCUGGUUUCGCGGACAGGAUUUUCUUUGGGAAUCGAAGAGCAAAUGGCCUGGUGAUAAUCGAGAUCAAGGAUCAACCAUAGAAGAAAUUCGUCCCAGUGUCCUACAUCAUACAGUCACCGAGCCACUAGUGAGUUUCGAGCGCUUCUCCAAAUGGAAACGUCUGCUGAGAUCGAUGGCAUAUGUCCAUCGUUUCAUCAUGAACCUUCGUAAGCGUACCGAGGGGACCACCACCGAACUGGGGCCACUAACGCAGGAAGAGCUGAAACUGGCCGAAAGCACCAUUUACCGGAUGGUUCAAAAGCAAGCGUAUCCUGACGAAAUGCGACUGAUCCGUAAGAAUGAUUCAAAUGCUAAUCCGUGGGAACGUACAUUGCCAAAAACCAGCCCAUUGUACAAACUGAGUCCAGCCAUCGAUAACCACGGUGUCCUACGGAUGCGAGGGCGUAUAAACGCAUGCGAAUGGGUCGACGAGGCGACCAAAAACCCAAUCCUGCUUCCAAGACGGAAUCUCGUUACCAAUCUGGUGCUCGCGGAUUACCACGCUUCGUACCGUCAUCAGAAUCAUCAUACAGUAUUGAACCAGGUUAGAUUGAAAUUCAACAUCCCUCGCCUUCGUUCGGAGUUCGACCGUGUUCGCAGAGACUGCCAGCGCUGUAAGAUUCGACAAUCAAGACCGCAGCCUCCAGCAAUGGGGAACCUCCCACCUGCGCGGUUGGCGGCGUUCCAACGACCGUUUUCCUACACAGGAGUCGAUUAUUUUGGGCCGAUGUCGGUGCUAGUUGGCAGACGAACAGAGAAAAGAUGGGGAGUCCUGCUCACCUGUAUGACAACCCGAGGUGUGCACAUCGAAAUCGCAUAUUCACUGACGACAGACUCGUGCAUUCUAGCACUGCGCAACUUCAUUGCGAGAAGGGGCGCACCGCUGGAAAUUAUAAGCGACCGAGGAACGAACUUCGUCGGAGCCUCCCGGGAACUACGCGAGAAUCUGGAACGGGUCGAUGAAAAGAAGCUCAUGAUCGAAUUCGUCAGUCCUAACACGAAAUGGACUUUCAAUCCACCGGCCGCUCCACAUUUUGGUGGCUGCUGGGAGCGCUUAAUCCACUCGGUCAAGAAAACCAUGAGUGACUUCGACCUGCCGCGGUUACCAUCGGAUGAGAUUUUGCGAUCCACACUAAUGGAGAUUGAGAUGAUUUUGAACACAAGACCGCUCACUGACAUAACCCUUGAAAACGAUGACGAGCCCCCCCUAACACCAAAUCACUUUCUGUUAGGGUCCUCUGAUGGAACCAAGCCCCCGAUCGCCUUCAACGACGGACCAAUCGUACUGAAGCAAUCCUGGAAGAUGGCCCAGCUAUACGCUGACCAUUUCUGGAAGAAGUGGGUGACCGAGUACCUGCCUACAUUGACGCGCAGAACUAGAUGGUUCCUACCCGUUAAACCCAUCCAGGAAGGGGAUUUGGUGGUGAUCGUGGACUGCAACCUCCCAAGAAACUGUUGGCCACGAGGACGUGUUGUCGAGGCAGUCCAAGCCAAAGACGGACAAGUUCGCCGUGUGACCGUGCAGACAGCGAGUGGACUGUUACAGAGACCAGCGUCCAAGGUUGCGGUGCUAGACGUCGGUGCUAUCGGUGGUAAGCCACUUGAAAAGUAG